UAAUUGUCAACGCGUGUGUCCUUAUGUAUAAUGAAGUGGAUAACAAUCAUUUAAAGAGUUAUUGUUGUUCUUAUUACUUUUACUUAAAGCUGUUCAGCACGAGCGAGCACCAAAAAUGUCAAAUACAUCGUCACCAAGUGGAUUAAAUUACUCAACAGCGUUUUAUGGUUCUCGUUAUCCUGAAACAAUAUUCCCAUUUCAGAUGCAUCUUACUGCACCUCUAUCGUUUCCAUUCGAUAAUUAUCAUUUACCAACUCCAUACUAUCCGCAUUUAGCGGAAUCACUUAAUAUUAAAAUAAAUCAAAGUAUUUAUCGACCGAUGGCUUCUGGAACGACAAAUUACGAUCACGAUAUUGGUAAAAUAUUAACAAACAAUUUAUUUUCGCGCGUGCCCAUAACAUUCGAACACAAAGCGGAAGGUGGAGAUAAAAAUGCAAAGGAAAAUGAAGUAACAAGCUCUGAGGAGAUUCCAAUUAUGUCACCAAAUGAUACAUGUCACUUAAAAUCAGCUCAAUCACUUUAUGAUUCAGCAACGAAAAUUCUUUUCCUUGCUAUAAGAUGGGCAAAAUCAAUUCCUUCAUUUAAUCAACUUCCAAUUACGGACCAGAAAAAAUUACUUAAUGAAUGUUGGACCGAAUUAUUUAUUGUGGCUUCUGCACAAUGGGGAUUAUCAGUUGAUGAUGAAAUUACAUUUAAUUCACAAUACUUAAAACAAAUGCAAGGAUUUAUAAAGCAAUUUCAUCUCAUGAAAAUUGAUCAUUUUGAAGCUGCCUGCAUAAAAGCAUUAAUUCUUUUUCGAGGAACAGUAAUGGACGAUCAAACAGUUAGCCAGCAACUUUUAUUGUUACAAAACCAAACAUUAUGUCUCCUGAUUGAAAAAUGUGGCGGCUUGCGAUUAGGUCAUUUGCUGCUGUUAUUACCACAGAUUAAAGUCAUAGGAAAUAUUCAGCAUUUGCAAGAAAAUCUCUUCAAACAUACAAUUAGUGGCGUUUUCAUCGAGAGAAUUUUAGAAGAUAUUCCACAAGUUUAAAAAAAUAUUUUCAAAGCUUCAUCCAAUUUACUAAAG